AUGGCCGAGUGCCGGAGCCUCAUCGAGUUCCUCCGCGCCUUCGAGCACCACCGCAGGGCCGCCGACGCCACCUACGCCCGAUCCAAGCGCGCCUCCUCCCCUUCCUCCUCCUCCUCCAGGCACCUCACCGACCUCUGCGAAAAUUCCUCCAUGUCCGCCGCCAUCGACGCGCUCCUCCUCCUCGCCGUCCUCGCCGCGCUGGGCUUCCUCAUCAUCCCGCAACUCAACCUCCUCAUCCUCUCCUUAACCACCCUGCUCCACCCAGCCACCCCCUACCUCUCCACCGCCGCCAUCGCCGGCGCCGCGGCCGCCGUCGCGUCGGCCACCCUCGCGUGGGCCCUCCUCCGCCGCCACGCGCGGCGGUGCGGGAAGCCGCGCUGCCGGGGGCUCCGGAAGGCCGUGGAGUUCGACAUCCAGCUCGAGACGGAGGAGUGCGUGCGCGGCCGGCCCAGCGCCGCCGCGCGCUCGCCGGCCGCGGCGCUGCUCGCGGCGGCCGCCGCGGGGACGGGAGCGCGGGCCGUGGAUCUCGACGACGCGCACCGGGAGCUCGAGGUCGAGCUGCGCAAGAUGGCGCCGCCCAACGGCCGCUCCGUGCUCGUCUUCCGCGCGCCCUGCGGCUGCCCCAAGGGACGCAUGGAGGUCUGGGGCGCAAAGAAGGUGCGCAGGAUCAAGAAGUAGAUGCCUUCUUCAUCCUGCUCUCCUCUCCUUCUUCUUAGCAAUCAUCCCUACUAGUACCGGCUGAAAUACUAGUACUCUUAUAUAAGUCGUCGCGCCCUCGAUCGGUAAUAAGUAUAGGGAGAGGGAAAUAAAAAGGAUGAUAGAAAUACUUACUACUUACAUAUCUGGAUACCGGAUCGCUGAUCAACAGACUGUAGAUUAUGUGGUACCAAUA